AUGUCAGAUUCGGACUCAGCGAUCAAAAAUCAACAGAAACUGACAGCUUAUUCACGUUGCACGUUUAAUAUCGAUCUGUAUAUUUUCAAAUAUCAAAUAACUUUUUGUUUAUUUGUUUCGAUACAGAUUCUAAUUCCAAAUAGAAGAUUCGCCAAAGAUGAUGCCAAAGACCAGAUUAAAAUGCCGAGCAAGCUUGAAAAAAAAUCCUUUUUGGAUAGAGUUUUGAGUAGAAGAGAAUCUCCUAAUAAAUUAAACAAGAAGCAUCACUGCAAGAGCAAAGUUUCAUCGAAUUCCUCAUUAUCUUUGGAUAAAGAAAAAUUGCACACCUAUGACGAUGUGUCCGAUUUAACGUCGAAUCAAUUCUUAGCGAAAUUUUUAACGGACGAAAAGGAAGAAUUACCGGAAUAUAAUUGUCCUCCUCCACCCAGGCCAAUUUAUGAAAUAAAAUCGCUCACAGAAAAUCAAAAUUCCGAAACUCGACAAGUUUACGACGAUGUUAACAUCUGCCAAGAACGACGUAUUAAAAAUAAUGAGGAAAUAAUCUUGCAACUGACACGGGAUUCAUGUAUAAAAGCAAACGAAGCUGUAUGUAUUACGACGUACUACACGAAACCGGAAAUGAACGACAAUCAUGCCCCAAAAGAGACGGAACAUUAUCAAUCCCCGAAAAGUAGAAACUGUAUUCACGACACUGCGAAGAUGGAACAGAAUGAAGAGUUGUACGACGACAUAGCGCUAUGGGCUGAUUUUACGGCGCGACAAAGAGACAUUGAAACAUCAGGAAAGAAAGAAAGUGAAGAUCCUAAUUCAGUCUUUUCUGAUAAGAAGGCUUGGAAUCGAUUUGCUAUUAAUAGAAAAUUACGAGUCACAAGCGAUUUUAAUUGCUCCAGUGAGACAAAUAGACGAGGCGAUAGCGUUGAUAAUGAAGGAGUGGAAGAAAUAGAGUCACCCGAGAAUAAUGGGCUAGCGGUUAAAAGAAACACUUUUUUAAAAUUGAUCAACAGAAUGGAAAAUUCUUUUGCUAAAGUUUCCGCAAGAAGUCCGUCUUCGUUCUCGACAGGCAAAUCAAAUACAUCGAGUAAUAACUCGUAAAGAUCGUAUCAAACUUGCGGGCAAAAAAGAAUCUCUUUAUAGCUUUAAGCAAUAAACCAAAGAUAAAUGUACAUGUGAAUGUAAACCAAAUGUAAAUUUAAUAUAUAAUUCUUUCUUU